CCAUCCCCGAUGCUUCUUAGGGACCAGGAACACGCUCCAGUAGUGCAGUCAGCUGCAGCGGCGCAAGAUGGAAUCCGACGAGGCCAUGGAGGUAGAGGGCGGUCGCAGCGUUCACGCGCCCACCGGGCAGGAACAUGAGUAUGAGCGCGAGCAUGAGCUGGGAGAUGUGGAUUUGGAUGAGAAAUACCCCAACCGACCACACAACCACUCCCCGACGGCGCCGUUCCACACUCUCUUCGAAGACCUCUUCAACCCGCUCAGCGCAAUCAAAAAGAACCCACCCAACGCGAAACCCGCACCCGCACGCCGCAAACUGGGUCCCCACGGGGGCGGAGGCAGUCAAAGUACGCUGAGCCCAUUCGAGCGACGACGGGACGUGAUCGCGCGGUUCAUCUCGCACUGGCGACAGACGGUGGGGGACGACAUCUACCCUGCGUUCCGACUGAUUCUGCCGGACAAGGACCGCGACCGGGCGAUGUACGGGCUGAAGGAGAAGGCGAUCGGCAAGAUGCUGGUGAAGAUCCUGAAGAUCGACAAGAACUCGGAGGACGCGGUGGGGCUGGUCAACUGGAAGCUGCCGGGCGGCGCGGCGGCGCACGAGUCGCGGUUUCUGGCGGGCGACUUCGCGCGGCGCUGCUACGAUGUCCUCUCCAAGCGGCCUAUGCGCACCGAGGUCGGCGGUAUGCUGAUUGAGGAGGUCAAUGAGCGGUUGGAUCGGUUGUCGGCCGCUGGGGGCCGCGAGUCGGAGCAGUUGCCUAUUCUUGAGGAGUUUUAUCGUCGCAUGAAUCCUGAGGAGCUUCUGUGGCUUGUCCGUAUUAUUCUCCGCCAGAUGAAGGUCGGUGCUACUGAGCGCACGCUCUUCGAUGUCUGGCAUCCCGAUGCUGAGGGCUUGUAUUCCAUUUCUAGUAGCUUGCGCCGUGUGUGUUGGGAGUUGCAUGAUCCGAAUGUGCGGUUGGAGGAGGAGAGGCGCGGUAUUGCGUUGAUGCAGUGCUUUCAGCCGCAGUUGGCGCAGUUUCAGAUGCAGAGCUUCGAUAAGAUGGUGGAGAAGAUGCGUGGGUUGGAGGGGGAUGAUCAGGGGUUUUGGAUCGAGGAGAAACUGGAUGGCGAGCGCAUGCAGUUGCAUAUGGGUCCUGAUGACGAGGUGGCCGGCGGCCGGCGCUUUUGCUUCUGGUCGCGCAAGGCGAAGGAUUAUACGUAUCUGUAUGGGAAUGGGCUGUUCGAUGAGAACGGCGCCCUGACCAGGCAUCUGGCUGAUGCGUUCGCGGAUGGUGUGGAUAGUGUCAUCUUGGAUGGCGAGAUGAUUGCGUGGAAUCCCGAGCAGGAUGCCCCCGAACCGUUCGGCACGCUCAAGUCCGCCGCCAUCGCCGAGCAGCGCAACCCCUUCUCCAACGGUUCGCGCCCGCUGUUUCGCGUGUUCGAUAUCCUAUACCUGAACGGGCAUGACCUGACCCGGUACACGCUACGGGACCGCAGAAAUGCGCUGCAGAAGAGCGUCAAGGACGUCCAUCGCCGGUUCGAGGUCCAUCCGUACGAAGAGGCCACCAGCACCGCGGAGGUCGAGGCCUCGCUGCGGCGCGUGGUGGCCGAGGCCUCGGAGGGUCUGGUGCUGAAGAACCCGCGGUCCCCGUACCGGCUGAACGAGCGCCACGAUGACUGGAUGAAGGUGAAGCCGGAGUACAUGACCGAGUUCGGCGAGUCGCUGGACCUCAUCGUCAUCGGCGGCUACUACGGCAGUGGCCAUCGCGGUGGGGCCCUCUCCAGCUUCCUGUGCGGCCUGCGCGUGGACGACCCCGGCGCCUCGCAGGACGCCGAUGUCUCCAAAUGCUACUCCUUCUGCAAGGUUGGCGGCGGUUUCACCGCCGCGGACUACGCCAACAUCCGCCAUCACACCGACGGCAAGUGGAAGGAGUGGAACCCCCGCAAACCGCCCACCGCGUACAUCGAGCUGGCGGGCGCGGGCAACGCGCAGCACGAGCGGCCGGACAUGUGGAUCAAGCCCGAGGACUCGGUGGUCUUGUGCGUCAAGGCUGCCUCGGUCUCGGUCAGCGACCAGUUCCGCAUCGGCCUGACGUUGCGCUUCCCACGGUUCAAGAGACUCCGCGGUGACAAGGACUGGAAGAGCGCGCUGUCGGUGCAGGAGUUCCUCGACCUCAAGUCCAACGUCGAGCAGGAGCAGAAGGAGAAGGCGUUCAACGUGGAGAACUUCCGCAAGAAGCGGCAGAAGAAGUCCACCAAGAAGCCGCUAGCUAUUGCCGGGUAUGACGAGGAUGCGGAGGUCAAGUAUGCCGGUCCGUCGGGGCAUAUAUUCGAGGGACUCAAUUUCUUUGUCAUGACCGACUCGACUACCUCGGUCAAGCAGAGCAAGGCUGAGUUGGAACAGCUAGUGAAAAGUCACGGCGGCAAGUUCUACCAGACGAACACGGCAGCUCCUGACAUGAUCUGCGUGGCCGAUAGACGAACGGUCAAGGCGGCUUCGCUGCAGAAGAACGGCGAAGUGGACAUCAUACGCCCGUCUUGGGUUCUGGACUGCAUCCGCCAGAGCGAUAUAGAUGCCGGGCUGGCGGAUCUACUCCUCCCUCUCGAGCCCAGACACAUGUUCUACACCACGCCGCAGAAAGAGGCAGAGGUAGCAUCCAGCGUCGACCGCUUUGGCGACAGCUAUGCGCGCAGCACGACGCAGGAGGAGCUAAGCGAGAUCCUGAACAAGAUGAAGACCGACGACGACAACGCUGACACGACCCCUGACCGCAACGCCUACGCCAAACUCAAACAACACAUCUACGACAAAGUGAAUGCUGGCUGGCCACUCCCCUGCGGCUGGCUAUUCGACGGCCUAGUCUUCUACUUCCCCCCAACGAAGCCACAACCAGCCGCAGAUGACCCCGAGGACGACCCCGAGGAAUUAACCCACCCGUCACUGGCCCUCACGCGCAACACAGCACGAUUCGCGGGCGCGAAGCUGGUCGACACGCCCGCCGAUCCAGCCAUCACCCAUGUAGUCGUCUACCAGCCCGAGCCGGGGGGUCUUUCCAAGGCCGCGUACAGAUCCUUACGGGGGAAUUGGUCCGCGGCGCCCGGGAAGAAGAUCCCUCAUAUGGUGACUACGGAGUGGGUGGAUGAGAGCUGGCGACAACAGACGCUGUUGGAUGAAGAGCAAUUCCAGGUCCAACCUUCCCGGAGGCCGGGGGAGCAUAUCUGAGCGUAGCGUAACGUCAUGUCAUGUCACGUCGGGUAGACGCGCAGAUGGUGGUGAGUUGGUGUCUCACUGUCUUACCUUUUGCCGUGAGUAGUAUAAUGGGCUUGGGAUUGGGAUUGGGGGCAGGGAAAGAUAUGAUGUUGGAUGGCCGCCGGGCUGUCACGGUGGUAGGGCGCUUAUCUUGGGGUGGUUCUUGUGAGACUGGUAUUUAUAGGUCGGUGUUGGGGUGUUUUGGGAUGCAUGCAGCGGCACCAAUGGCGGGGGCGUUGCUUAUCUCUGGGCAAUGCAGGGUCUCGAGUGUUAUUUUCGGGAUGAGGGAGGUAGUCUGGAGGUCGAUCAAUUAAUGAAUUCAUGUACUCGUGGUGUCUGCUGCACUUCAUCUUC